UCCGCUUUCAGUGUAUGUCAACUCAGCAGCUAACAUAUGUGCAUUGUGGCCUGUAUACUUUAGUUUCGUGGCCAAAACUUUAAUCAUACUAAAUUAAAAGGUUGAAAGAAACUACCUAUCAAUGUUACCCGUACAUGCUAAUGACAGAGAUUACAAAAGUGGAAGGAGACUUCGUAUAAAAGAGAAAGCUCAAUCAUGGUUCCGGGAGAAUCAACUCACGCUAAUAUUAGCUGACAAAACCUCAAGGAACUUGUUUUGUUUCCUAAUGCUCAACUUGUCAUUUGCUUUUGUAGAAUUAUUUUACGGAGUAUGGACAAACAGUUUAGGUCUUAUAUCAGAUUCUUUCCAUAUGUUUUUUGAUUGUACAGCAUUAUUGGCUGGUUUAGCUGCAUCUGUGAUAACUAAGUGGCGAGCAAAUGAUAGAUAUCCAUAUGGAUAUGUGAGAGCUGAAGUUUUAGCUGGAUUUGUUAAUGGAUUAUUUCUUUUAUUUAUUUCAUUUUUUAUAUUUUCGGAAGCUGUAGAAAGAGCUAUUGAACCACCUGAAGUUAAGCAUGAAAGAUUAUUUGUAGUUUCUGUUCUUGGAUUCCUUGUAAAUUUAGUUGGAAUAUUUGCUUUUCAACAUGGACAUGGUCAUACACAUGGGGGAGGAGAUCAUGGCCAUAACCACAGUCAUGGUUCAGCACAUAACCAUGAUCAUGAUCAUGGACAUGGGCAUUCUCAUGGUUACAAUAAAGAAUGUAGAGAUGAAAAUCAACUUAAUAAUGGAGGAAAUAGUCAGAUUAUGCAUGGAGUUUUUCUGCACAUACUGGCUGACACAUUAGGAAGUGUUGGAGUUAUUGUUUCUGCCAUUUUAAUGAACCAGUUUGGGUGGAUGAUAGCUGAUCCUAUUUGUUCAAUGUUCAUUGCUACUCUUAUUGGCUUUAGCGUUCUUCCAUUACUUAAAGAUUCAACUAGUGUAUUAAUGCAGCGAACACCCAAAGCUCUUGAUAGUGUUCUUCCUGGUUGCUAUCAAAGAGUAAUGCAGUUAGAAGGUGUGUAUAGUGUUCAAGAGCCAAGAUUUUGGACAUUAUGCAGUAAUGUUUACAUUGGAACAAUAAAAUUAGAAGUUGCACCCACAGCAGAUGCGAGGUACCUCCUCAGCCACACUCACAACAUUUUUACACAG